AGGCUCCUCUCCACCGGAAAAGGCGGGAUUUAAAUGACGUCAGGCGGCCUGCAGAAGUAGCUGACGCUCUCAUUGGCUGCAGGACUUCUGUCUGUGGGAGCGGGCCUUUCGGAAGAGACCGGAAGUGGAGUCUCGGAGAGGUGACCAGAAAUGGAGAGAAAAGUAAGCAGAAUCUGUCUUGCUUCUGAACCUGACAUGAUUCAUUUUCUACAAAUUGCUUGGGAGAAAACACUAGGAUCUGGUUUCGUUGUUACACUUACUGAUGGUCAGUCAGCAUGGACUGGGACAGUUUGUGAAUCAGAGAUUUCCCAAGAAGCUGAUGACAUGGCAAUGGAAAAAGAGAAAUAUGUUGAUGAACUGAGAAAAGCAUUGGUGUCAGGAGCAGGACCAACCGACGCAUACAAGUUUAAUUUUUCUAAAGAGUCCUGUCAUUUCUCCUUUGAGAAAAACCUGAAAGAUGUUUCAUUCAGACUUGGUUCCUUCAACCUAGAGAAAGUUGUAAGCCCAGGUGAGGUCAUUAGAGAACUUAUUUGUGACUGCCUGGACACCAUCGCAGAAAGCCAAGCCAGAAAUGAGCACCUGCAGAAAGAAAAUGAAAGGCUUCUGAGAGACUGGAAUGACGUUCAAGGACGAUUUGAAAAAUGUGUGAGUGCUAAGGAGGCUGUGGAGACUGAUCUUUAUAAACGGUUUAUUCUGGUGCUGAAUGAGAAGAAAGCAAAGAUCAGAAGCUUACAUAAAUUGUUAAAUGAAGUUCAAGAACUGGAAAAGAACAUCGAGCAUGAAAGGGAAACUACAACAUGUUCUGAAGUGACUGCUGACAGAGACGCAGCCUAUGGUGAAAGUACUGAUGAGGACAGUGAAAACUUGCCUGAUCCCUCUGGGUUAGCUCCAGCUACUUUAAGAAGAGAUGACUCCGUUAUUUCAAGUCCUGACGUCACCGAUAUUGCACCAAGUAGAAAGAGGAGGCAGCGGAUGCAAAAAAAUCUUGGGACAGAACCUAAAAUGGCUUCUCAGGAGCUUCAGCAUCAAGAAAAGGAAAAGCUUGAACCUCCAGUACCUGAGACGUUGAGAAAGGAGCACAGCUCAGCUGAAAACAUGUCUUUAGAAACUCUAAGAAACAGUAGUCCAGAAGACCUCUUUGAUAAGAUUUAACUGUCUCGAAAAAGUACUUUGAUGUGCACUAGACUAUGUUUUCUAUUCAUUUCUUUAAACUGAAAAAGCAAAAUUUCAACUCAGCAGCAGCUAUCGCUGCACCUUACAAUUUAAUUACAUACACACUGAGUUGAAACCCUUGUGCAGAAUGGAUUACACGUGUGUAUGAAGAUGUGCUUUGAUGACAGUGGUACAUUAUUCUAAACUGUUCAUUCAGCAUGCCUAUAAUUACAUAAAAUCUCAGACUUUUUGUUGCAAAGGACACAUUUAUCUUAUUCAGUUCACACAUAUUAUAUGUGGUAGCUGUCUAACAUCCUAUCUAGGAAGAUUUUGGAAACAGGACGAAGAAAAUGUCUACAGUGCUUUUUUGAAUAGUCAUAUUCUGAACCAUGAUGUUUGAGCAUUUUAAUUUGUGGAAUGACGUAUAAAAUCUAUUUUUAGUUUGUACACGAACAACCUGAAAAUCUGAUGAUAAAAUUUUUGAUUCAUUGAAGAUUUUGUGUUCUUAAUAAA